GGAAAGAUCUGUGCGGUCAUCCAGACUCCUCCUAAUACGUACAUCACUUGCUGCACAAGAUUUAUAAGCCAGGGAAUUCAAUGCCCCGCUGCGUCAUGUGGCCGUACGGAAAUCUUCUCUUCGUUGUGGCAUUCGUUUAUCUAGCUAUUACCGUUUUCGGUCAAUCCACCGAACUUCCGGUGACCCAUCCUAACUGUGGCAAACAAGCCAUUGCUCCGUCGGUACUUUCGGAUAGCCGCAUUCUUGGAGGUGAUGAUGCUGUGCCUGGUAGUUGGCCGUGGCAGGUGAGAAUUGGAGAAAGAGUGACCGGCGGUGUUUCAUUUUUCUGUGGAGGAGCUAUUUACAAUAAACAGUUUAUUCUGACUGCUGGACACUGCUUCCCUGGGAGUAGCCCAUCAUAUCCGAAAAAGUAUGUCGUACGUGUGGGAGAGCACAACAUGUCGGUGUUUGAAUCUUUCGAAAGAGACUACGGUGUGCAGCAAAUCUAUCGUCAUCCGAAUUAUACAUAUCGCGGUGCGCCCGCCAAUGACCUGGCGCUGGUGCGCCUGACGUAUCCGUUGGUGUUCAACGAGAGAAUCUCCAGUGUCUGCCUUCCGACGCCCAUGAAUGAUCCAGAGCCAGGAGAGGAAUGUGUUGUAACAGGAUGGGGACGAUUUUUGGAUCAAUAUUCGUAUUCUACAUCUGCGCCCUCUACAACCACGGAAACAACUGUAAAGACCACAGCGGAUGAUGGUUUUGAUCCCGAGGAUGAUCCCACUCCACCUUCGGCAGCGGCAAACAACGGUGCCGCUGGUGCAAAUGAAAUCCAGAAUCCUAACUUGCAAGCCUCGCUUUCGAAUCAGCAUUCUGUUAUCACUCCGACAACAAUGACUACUACAAGAAGCACGACCGCCUCUCCGACUACCACCACUGUAAAGACAAGCACAACAACAACCAGCACUUUGCCAACCUCGCCGCCAAAGACAACUACCACUACGACCGCCAUAAAAACAACUCCUACAACGUCCAAACCACCAACUACCCAUCCGACAACCAAGCCAGCCGGUGGGGUCCGCGAUAUAAUGACGACCACAAUCUCUACAAAACCGUCCACCACUUCCACAGCUGCGGUGACCUCUACCAUAUCCGUGACCCCACCCGCUUCUACAACCACUGCCACUCUUCCCACGACAACUCCGACGACUACAACAACCUCAACUGCAACGACAACAACUACUACCACCACGCGGUCCACGCCCACCACUACCACCACCACGCCCACGACGACAACAACUGCAACUACGACUUCUACGACCACAGCCUCCACGAGUACUACAACGGAAACCACUAGCACACCGACAACGCAAACGGCAACAAACGCAGCGGAAUCCGCCUCGCAGACCCAAACGGCAGCGCCGGCAAAAGACGAACCAGCAACUACGGAAACCACAAUAACUACUACAACGCACACGAGUACUACGAAACGAACGACGAGAAGGGCACCGUCGUUAAGCGAUUUGCUAUUGCCGUUCCUUGAGGCGGUAAUAACGUCGGAUCUGGAUGAAAAGGAAGUUUACUCCGUGGUUACGUCACCCUCAGCAGAGCAUUCGGUAAAACCCGUGAAACCGGCGCAUCAUGUUGUACCACAUGGACACCGCAUGGUUGUCAAUCCCCGGCAAGCCGCUACCGUGCCACCGUACCAGUAUAGCUCGGUUAAUGUCCACAGUGAAGCGUUGAAACAGGGUUUGGUCAACAUUUUCGACCGAACAAACUGUUCGGUGUACUGGAAAAGCCUAAUCCGGGAAACGAUGCUAUGCAGUAUGCCUCCUGCUGCGGAUAUAGAGCCUUGCAAAGGUGACAGCGGUGGCCCGUUGGUAUGUCGAAGGGGAGAUGGAUCGGAAAGGGUCUGGUCAGUUGAAGGCAUUGUCAGUUUUGGAGCGGGGUGUGGAGCUAAAAGACCAUCGGUGUACACUCGAGUAUCCAACUACGUUCACUGGAUAGAGCGGGUCACAAGAAGUGCUGCAAAACCUCAAUAUUCGCUCAACAAUCUCUUGAGCGACCUGUUUGGCUACUCCAAAGCAGCUAUACACGACGCACCGGAACCAAUCCGGGAACCAAAUACCAUUCAGCCAGAUCUUUUGCUAACGAACUCGACAAUGCGCCGACGUUGAAGGGAGCUUUUUAAUCUGUGAUGUUUUGACUAAGUGAUUUGCACUAAAAUGGGGCAGUGUGUGUUGGUCACCGGUCAGGGUGUGGCGGUCACCGAAUGUUGUUGGUCCAGAUUUUGGGUUUGAUUUGCCUUAUGUGAAAUGUGUGGUAAAUAUAAUGUUGCUGAUGGUUUAAAUAUAAUUAGGCCAUAUUUCUGACGCAUGACUGGACACUGGACAGU